AUGACUACACAAACAGCUCCCGUCAUUCCUCCCCGGCCGUCAAGAUCACCCCAACAGGGCCUUGCACCGACAUCAGCAGACAUGCCCAGAAUCCCUCCUCGUCCCACCCAGCGCAUCGAGCGCUCCGUGUCUCCUUAUCGCGAUAGCUAUGCGCCAUCCCCAUUGAACGAACUGCCCAACGGGUCGAGUAUGAAGCGCCUCUCUGCGAGUGAUCUGCCUCGGCGCCCUCCGAGUGUGACAAUACCAUCUUUGGGCGAAGAGGGCAUCGAGUACGCCGACCUGGAUGUCGGCAAUGCCUCGGAUGGUCACCAGCCGACCCCCGCAGAGACACGGAACGUGGGAAGCGAUCUCAAGCUUCAUGCGCCAAGACCGUCGCUGCCCCAGUAUAGUGCUGAGGCCAAAAUGCAGACCGUUACACGUACGGAUUCCCGUCAAGCUGCCGCAGCAGGUCUGGGUCGCGCCGCGUCUCCCCUCCAUGACGAUCAAUCUGAACGGCAUACCCGUUCAGUGUCACGGGCCGAGUCAACUGGCUCCGUCGAUCGCCGACAAUCGUUUCACGGGGAUGAGCAUGGCAUCCCGGAAAUCGGACAGAGAGUCCCGAUGUACCCCAACGCGGGUGAUGUCCAAGCUCCCUCACCUAGUCCCUACGUCGUAGAGCACCAGCACCAGCACCAGAACCAGAACCAGCGUCCGGGACGCAAUCAUCAACGCACUCGCAGUGGCCGUGAGGCUUCUCUGCCUCCUGGAAGUUAUGGCCUGCAUGGACACGGUGUGCCUACAAACGACAAGUUCGAAAAAGCUUGGUAUGAUAAGCACCCCGACGAAUACGUCCGGGAAGAAAAAGGCCAGUAUGGCCCUGGUGUUGGCAGGCCAAGACCCACCUGGGCUUUGAGCAGUGAUGACUUGAACAAAAUCGUCCGAAGCUCUGCCGUGACUGGUUCUGGAUACGGCACCUCGCCUGCUGUGGUAGGAACUCCAGAAGAGGAGGUCGGUUACAUUGCCUCCGACGAGUACUCCCGCCCGACUUUUGAAUCGCCCCUCCGCAAUUCGAGCGUAUCCGCCGCCGGAUCGAACCAGCAGGAUGAUACCGUUGAACAGAACCCCUCUCCCAAGAAGGAAGCCCCUCGAGUGAUCCACGUUGACGAGCCGUAUCAUCAUCUGCACCAUCCCGAUGGGUUUGCUCAAACCCCGGGUCCGGAACAGCUCACUCACGGAGCCGGUGAAGGAGAUGUCGCCGAAGACGACGCCAUCCUGGCUGCCGAUGAAGUGCGCCCUGAAUCUGCCUUCCAGCACCCUGCAAUCUCGCCUACAUUUGGCAGGAGCGGUAGUAUUGACCACGAGGGCAGGAGUCGCACACCAAGCGUGAACCAUAGCCGCUCUAACAGCAGGACCGCUAGCAAUCAUGGCGGCAUGCCAUCUCUGACAAGAUACGACUCGCGCGAGGAGCACGCGGGUACAUACACACCUCUCGAAGAUGUUGAAGAAUACGAACCCUUGUUUCCAGAGGAAGAUUCAAAGAAUAAGAAGGCCGUCUCGACCGCAGAGCGCUUUAAACAGCGUCCGGAUUUGAAGCAUCGAUUCCCUAGUCAAGACAUCUGGGAAGACUCGCCAAAUAGUUUGCAGCUGCACACUACCGUGUCUACACCGGACAUUCCCAAGGAGGAGACCUUUGAAACUCCGGAGGAAGAAUCGUUCCGCAGAAGCCAGGCGCCUCAUCUUGACGCUCAUCAAGUCGCGACGCAGAUCUUGGAGUCAGAAGACCGUGGCAGCAAGCCACCCAUCCGCCCGGGAGUGGGCAAGCAGAGGUUCCCUAGUCGCGACAUCUGGGAGGAUGCACCUGAAAGUCACAACCUGGUGACCACAAUCGAGCCGUCGGAAGAGGAAGUGAAGAGUCCGGAGGUGCCCUCAAAGCCAAGUAUUCCGGCUCGGCCCCAGAAACGCCCUCAACAAGCUCCUGCAGUGGAUGCUUCCACAAAGCCCGUCACCUCGCCAAUUGAGAAGCGUCAACCACCUCUUAUCCCGGAUAGGCCCAAGCCACAGAUCCCGAACCGGCCUGCCAAACCCAUCUCCGAACCCAAAGACGUAGCCGCCAAGCCAAAGCCCGCCGUGCCAGCUCGUCCCGGCGGCAGCAAGAUCGCCGCUUUGAAGGCCGGGUUCCUGUCAGACCUGAACUCGCGGUUGCAGCUCGGCCCGCAAGGUCCGCCACCGAAGCCGCAAGAGAAGGAAGAACCCCCGGCGGAAAAGCAGCCGUUGAGCGACGCCCGGAAAGGAAGAGCCCGUGGACCCGCCCGGAGAAAGCCUGCCGUUGAGAAAACCACCACGAGACUGCCAACAAUCCCCGAGAUCAAGAUCACCACCACGUGGAAUGUCUUCGAGGUCGGCGAAGAUGGCAACCUGGUCGUGGGGGCUGCUGAGGUUAAGGCCCCGGCUCCCGAGACCACAACUCCUCAACCCAUGGCCCCAGCACUAGCAAAGAACGCUGCUGGGGAAUCCGUUGACCCACUGCCAUCACCUCCAGUGGAGCAAGAAGACUCCCCUGUCUCGCCAGGAGACGCGAAAGUGAUCGAGACCCAGGAGCCUACUUUCACAGACGCCACCCACUCGAUAUCAACCAACGACAGCCCGACUGAACCCAGUCUCGCUGUCGAACCCGUCGUCAAGGAAGACGUGCCUGCCGACGUUGAGACCCCGCAAUCUCCCGAGCAAGUCCUGGACGAUGUCGCCGAACGCCUAGCGGCUUCUGCCGAUGGCAAACGGCUCUCAACAGGCAGCAUUGAAGAAGCCGAGUGA